AAGAUGGUCGUGAACAGUAUGUUCUCACUAACGUAGCCAUGGAAUGGACUGUUGCACGGGACUACUGCAGGGCUCAUCACACAGACCUGACUAGUGUGAGAAAUGAGCUGGAAAACCAGAUAAUUCAGGAAGUGUCCCGUAACCUGGCGGUGUGGAUUGGCUUGUUCAAAGAUCCUUGGAUGUGGUCCGACCAGACUUACUCUUCGUUCAGAUACUGGAAAGAAGGCAAAGAAGUUUGGACUGAUGAUACAAAAAACUGUGUUGCUAUGUUAGAAAGUUCAUCUGGUAGAUGGGGAGAAAUUCCAUGUAAUGAAGCUCAUCCAUUCCUCUGUAACUAUGGUCCCGUUGUAAAGUUCAUUAAAGUGAGGAUCAGCUCAGAGGACUCAGAGUUGGAUCUAAAUGACCCUGUAGUGUAUGAUGACAUACUGAAGCAAGUCAAGCAAGAGCUGAGUAACACGAAUGUGACUAAUCUACGAUGGAGAAAGAAUCCUGAUGGAAGAGUUUUUGUCAAGGAACCAAACCGAGGUGGCUAAAGAGAGAGAGAGGAACUGUUUCUAUUGUGUGUUUGGUUAUAAGUGAUAAACCCACUAAGAAGCAAUUGUACAGCUCUACGAAGCUUUUAGUUAGCUCAUUGUUUUGGUUUUAUCUAACAUAUACUUUAUGGUUAGUGUCACUUCUCUCAUCAGUCCCAUGUCCAGCAGCAACAUGCAGCUUUUUUUCCAUUAAAACUUCAUGUCCUUCAUAAAUGCUACCUUCCCUCAUCACUAGAGGGAAUAACAGCGGCACAUUAUGGUUAGCAAAUAACGUAGGAGUUUUAGGAGUUCGUUGGAGAUCUAAAAGGGAAAUUGCAUGAAAAUUGUUUGUUAUUGUAAUAUGAAAGAACUGAAUGAAUGCAGCUUCUAGCAGAAAUCAAUGGAAGAAUAACAUUUUAGUUUUGAGGUACUUGUACUUUAAUAUUUCCUACUUUAUAUACUCAUAUGCUUCCUUUUAGAAAGAGAUAUUGUACUUUUUUAUUUCACUACAUUUGAGAUUUAUCAUUAAUAUUUUACAUACAUAACAUAUGAUCAGCUUGUCAAAUAUUGCUAUUGAUUAAACUAUUCAUGGGAGCAUAUAUCCAAUGAGCUCCACCUUCUACAAACACAUAUAU